AGAAGAAGCGGAGAAAUGUGACCGUGAUGGGGCAGUUGGAAGAGGGAGGAAGCGGAUAGGGAAGAGAGAGAGAAAGAACAAAGCCCUCGCCAUCCCGAAGGCGGCCGGACUUGUUGGGCUGCGGGGGGAAACUUGCGGGGCUGCCGGAGCAGCAGACGGCUUUGUUUAAAAGGGCUUGGAAAAGAACCACCUAAUCCUGCCGCUCCCCUCCCAUGCUGAAGGGAAGGAGGGAUCCUGGGAGCCGGAGAGAGGGAACCGCUGAGGAUUGCGGCGGCCGGGAGCGCCCCAGUUCCCCGCCCGAGCUGGUGCUGGGUGUGGGCGGCCGCAGCCCGGGGUGGGGGGCGAUCCGGGCAGCCCCCGCUGCCCCGCACGCUCCGGGAUUUGCUGGGCGUUUCGAUCCAACAGCAAAACUAGCAAGAUUUCAAAGUGAAAUUCCGGAGGAAAUUUAAAGAGCAUCCGGAUCCGGAGAAAGAGAGAAAGAAAGAGGAAGGGAGAAAUAAAUCAGAACGUGGAGUGAAUCCCAGGCAGCUGAAGAAAGGACUGGAGAGAGAGAAGCUGACACCCGGCAGAGAUGGGGGAGCAGCCCAUCUUCAGCACCAGGGCCCAUGUUUUCCAGAUCGACCCUGCGACCAAACGCAACUGGAUCCCUGCCAGCAAACACGCCCUCACGGUCUCCUAUUUCUACGAUGCCACGCGCAGCGUCUACCGGAUCAUCAGCGUGGGGGGCACCAAGGCAAUCAUCAACAGCACUAUUACCCCCAACAUGACCUUCACAAAGACAUCCCAGAAGUUUGGGCAAUGGGCAGACAGCCGAGCCAACACAGUCUAUGGGCUGGGCUUUGCUUCAGAGCAACAUCUCUCCCAGUUUGCAGAGAAGUUCCAGGAAGUGAAAGAAGCAGCCCGUUUGGCAAGGGAGAAGUCCCAGGAUAAAACAGAGCUGACCAAUCCUGCCCUGAACAUCACCUCUCACCAGGUACUGCCCAGCCCCAUCAUCAGCUCCAAUGGGCCAGGGGAAGAUAAACUGUUCCGGAGCCAAAGUGCAGACGUUGAGGUAACGACUGAGAAGGAGCGGCUGAAGAAGAUGCUUUCAGAAGGCUCAGUUAGUGAGGUCCAGUGGGAGGCUGAAUUCUUCAGCCUCCAGGACAACAACAACAAGCUGGUGGCUGCCCUCCAUGAAGCCAAUGCCAACGUGGACCAGUGGAAGAAGCAGCUGGCUGCUUAUCAGGAGGAGACUGAGACGCUGCGGCAGCGGGUAGCAGAACUGGAGUCACAGGGGGCUCAUGAUUCCUCCAGUGAGAACAACAAGGAGGAGUUGAGCCAGACCCUGGAGGAGCUGGAACUACUGAUCAAGGCUAAAGAUGAGGAGAUUCAGAUGCUGAAGAGCCAGAAAUGUGGCCGGUGGGAAGCAGAGGGUGAGCGUGAGGAGACACUGCAGAAGCUGCAGGAGCUGGAGGCACGGAACGCCGAGCUGGAGCGGCGCCUUCACCUGGCUGAGCAGACACUGGCUGAGACUCUGGCUGAGAGGGAGAAGAUCCAGAACGAGGUCACCAAGGUGGCAGAGAUCAUGGAUGUGAAGAUAUUUGAGCUCAGUGAGAUCCGGCAAGGACUGGCCAAGCUGGUUGAGAGCAACUGAGCAGCAGCACGUUCAGAGGAGACACCUCCAGAGGAGGGGAGCCCGAGCUGGGACUGGUCACUGACAGCAGUAACUGUCAUGGAACAGCCUCGAGGUCUGUUUGGGCAGGAUAUGCCAACAUACCAGCAGCUGCCUGAACAGUGUGGAGACCAGCCACAGCCACUUACUGCCCACUGAAUACCCAGGCAGGGGCAAAGAGGACCUGAGCUCCUGAAUCCUCUACAGGGAGCAUCUAAAGUCACAGCCAGACCUCUCUGGACCCUGCCAUGGCUGUGGCAUAGUCCAGAGACAGCAGCUGUCCCUGUGCUGCCUCCCUGCUGUCACACUGUGUCUCCCACAUUUUUACAGUUUUCUAGGGGAAGAGGCUGAGCAGCCUUUGCAUUUUUUCAGUAGUUUUUUAGGAAACUUUUGCAAAUAAACUGCCUGUUUCCCCACUUAGGGAGGGAGAUGUUCUAGUACCCUGAGGGCAACAGCUGCUCCUUUUCCUCCUCCCCAGCCCUAAUUACAUCGUGUCUUUUUAACAGGAUCCAGUAACACUGGUCACUGUCAGGAGCUUCCAGAGGUAGCAGAGCCCCCACUGCAGAGAAGGGUGCUUGGCUGACCCUGUGUCCUUUCCACUGUUCAGUCACAUCCUCCAGAGGAGAAGGAACUGCAGGUUUUAAAGCUCUUAUUAACUUAACACAGUGGGAUUUAAUAACCUGUUAAAAAUUUAAGCUGAGAAGAGUAGAGGCUCGGUUGGGAAAGGGGCAUUUGAGAAAUGGGACAUCCCUGAGGGGAUGGCCAACAACUGCUAGAUUGGCAUCUCUCUGGCCUCUGAGGACUGCAGUUAAUUGAAAUUAAAUGGAGCAAAUCACAGUUGCUCUUGGUUUCUUUUUGUACUUCUAUUGGGAAGCAGUCCACAGAGGUGUCCUGCUCUGUGUGAGCUGAGCAGGCUUCCCUGGGAAGGGUGCAGGUCCCAGCCUGCCAUGAUUGGCCAGAUGAAACCAGAGCAGGAGGCAUUUGGAGCAUGCUGGGACUGGUGCCCUGUAUGGGAAGUUUGUGAGUUAUUGUAGGUGUUGCCUAGUCACAGGAACUGAGCAAGGCCUGAGGGAGACACUGAGGAAACCUGCAAAGCUGUGUGUCCCCCAUGGCCCCCACUGCCCCCCAUAGUGAUCCAGGAGCAUGCUAAGCCCUGUGCUGAGUGGCAGGACAGUGUCUGCCCAAAAAUAAUUACAACCUUACAGGAGUGUUGGUGGAUUUGGAUUUUCUUGUCAGGUUGUUUUUUUUUUUCUCUCUUUGCUGCUGUAAGCUGGGCAAAGCCAGCAGCCACCCUGGGGAUGUUUCCCAGGUCUGCAGAACCUCUGGUACUUACAGCACUGGCUGCCAAGUGCUGUCCUCUCCACACCAAACCUCAGCAGACCUGGGGAACAGCAGUGUGGCUCCCAGGGCCUGCCUCUCACCUGGUGACCACGAGAGGAACCCACAGCUUCCACACACUGCCUGCAAGUCAGGGCAGGAUGAGGUCUGGCACCUUGGAGAUCUGCUGGAGAACUGCUGGUGACUCUGUGCUGGAUUGUGUCUAGGCAAAGCCCUUCCCUUUCCCAGGGGUGAUGAACAAACAUCAUGAUUUCCAGACCUGCACAGCCAGGGAAGGGUUUUUCUGUUUGGGGGUUGGGUUUGGGUUUUUUUUUUGCUGGUUUUUACUACUUUCUUUUUUUUUUGUUUUGUUUUGCAUGAAGUGUUCUCACAACUGUAUGAGGCUGGAGCUGCUGUAGAAGUAUUUGUUUCAGGGUAUUAAGAAGGGAAGGAAGUAACUGGGUGGCAAAAAUUUCUAGGGACUUGUUUACCACCCCAUGCCAGUGUUCAUCUUUUAUUCCUACAGGAGCAGCCUUCUUUUGAAAUAGAGAUCAACUCCAAGAAA